UUGUUUUAAUUUAAAAUUUUGGGUGGGAUAGGGGUAUAGGCUUGUGAAGGGCAGUCCGGAUCCGGAGGAACUCCUCUUUGUCCCUGGUAGGAGAGACACCCCCAGCCUAUCCUCGAUGCCGUCAGCCUUGGCCAUCUUCACUUGCCGCCCGAACUCGCACCCGUUUCAGGAGCGUCAUGUCUACCUGGACGAGCCCAUCAAAAUCGGCCGCUCAGUGGCCCGCUGUCGACCAGCGCAGAAUAAUGCCACUUUUGAUUGCAAAGUGCUGUCAAGGAACCACGCUCUCGUCUGGUUUGAUCACAAGACGGGCAAGUUUUAUCUUCAAGACACUAAAAGUAGUAAUGGUACUUUUAUAAAUAGCCAGAGAUUGAGUCGAGGCUCCGAAGAAAGUCCACCAUGUGAAAUUCUUUCCGGUGACAUUAUCCAGUUUGGGGUAGACGUGACAGAGAAUACACGGAAAGGUACGGUUACCCAUGGGUGUAUUGUUUCUACAAUAAAACUUUUUCUACCGGAUGGUAUGGAAGCCCGGCUCCGCUCAGAUGUCAUCCAUGCACCAUUACCAAGUCCUGUUGACAAAGUUGCUGCUAACACUCCAAGUAUGUACUCUCAGGAACUAUUCCAGCUUUCUCAGUAUCUACAGGAGGCCUUACAUCGGGAACAAAUGUUGGAACAGAAGUUAGCCACGCUUCAGCGGCUACUAGCCAUCACCCAAGAGGCUUCAGAUACCAGUUGGCAGGCUUUAAUAGAUGAAGAUAGACUCUUAUCACGGUUAGAAGUUAUGGGAAACCAAUUACAGGCAUGCUCCAAAAAUCAAACAGAAGAUAGUUUACGAAAGGAACUUAUCGCAUUACAAGAGGAUAAACAUAACUAUGAGACAACAGCCAAAGAGUCCCUGAGGCGGGUUCUUCAGGAAAAAAUUGAAGUGGUUAGAAAACUUUCAGAAGUUGAGCGAAGUCUGAGUAAUACUGAAGAUGAAUGUACCCAUCUGAAAGAAAUGAAUGAAAGGACUCAGGAAGAAUUAAGAGAAUUAGCCAAUAAGUACAAUGGAGCAGUUAAUGAGAUUAAAGAUUUAUCUGAUAAAUUAAAGGUAGCAGAGGGAAAACAAGAGGAAAUCCAACAGAAAGGACAGGCUGAGAAAAAAGAAUUACAACAUAAAAUAGAUGAAAUGGAAGAAAAAGAACAGGAGCUCCAGGCAAAAAUAGAAGCUUUGCAAGCUGAUAAUGAUUUCACCAAUGAAAGGCUAACAGCUUUACAAGUACGGUUAGAACAUCUUCAGGAGAAAACUCUUAAAGAAUGCAGCAGCUUAGGGAUACAAGUUGAUGACUUCUUACCUAAAAUAAAUGGGAGCACAGAAAAAGAGCACUUGCUUUCAAAGAGUGGCGGGGACUGCACUUUUAUUCAUCAAUUCAUAGAAUGCCAGAAGAAGCUGAUCGUCGAAGGGCAUCUAACCAAAGCGGUAGAAGAAACAAAGCUUUCAAAAGAAAACCAGACAAGAGCAAAGGAAUCUGAUUUAUCAGACACUCUGAGUCCAAGCAAGGAAAAAAGCAGUGACGACACUACAGACGCACAAAUGGAUGACCAAGACCUAAAUGAACCUCUUGCCAAAGUGUCCCUUUUAAAAGAUGACUCGCAGGGUGCACAGUCAGAAAUUGAGGCAAAACAAGAAAUACAGCAUCUUCGAAAGGAAUUGAUCGAAGCCCAGGAGCUAGCUAGAACAAGUAAACAAAAAUGCUUUGAACUUCAAGCUCUUUUGGAAGAAGAAAGAAAAGCAUAUCGAAAUCAAGUUGAGGAAUCCACUAAACAAAUACAGGUUCUUCAAGCCCAGUUGCAGAGGUUACACAUCAAUAUUGAGAAUCUCCGGGAGGAGAAGGACAGAGAAAUCACAAGUACUAGGGAUGAAUUGCUUAGUGCCCAAGAUGAAAUUUUGCUCCUUCAUCAAGCAGCAGAAAAGGCUGCCUCUGAGCGGGACACUGACAUUGCCUCUUUACAAGAAGAGCUUAAGAAGGUGAGAGCUGAGCUUGAGCGGUGGCGGAAAGCAGCAUCUGAAUAUGAGAAAGAAAUCACGAGUCUGCAAAACAGUUUUCAGCUUAGAUGUCAACAGUGUGAGGACCAGCAGAGAGAGGAAGCAACAAGGUUGCAAGGUGAACUGGAGAAGUUGAGAAAGGAAUGGAAUGCAUUGGAAAUUGAAUGCCAUUCUCUAAAAAGGGAAAAUGUUUCACUAUCAUCAGAACUGCAACGGCAAGAAAAAGAAUUGCACAAUUCUCAGAAGCAGAGUUUAGAGCUUACCAGUGAUCUCAGCAUCCUUCAGAUGUCUAGGAAAGAGCUUGAGAAUCAAGUGGGAUCCUUGAAAGAACAGCAUCUUCGGGAUUCAACUGAUUUAAAAACUCUUCUCAGUAAGGCUGAAAACCAAGCAAAGGAUGUACAGAAAGAGUAUGAAAAGACACAGACUGUACUCUCAGAACUGAAGUUGAAGUUUGAAAAGACUGAGCAGGAAAAGCAGUCAAUCACAGAUGAGCUCAAACAAUGUAAAAACAACCUGAAGCUGCUCCGAGAGAAAGGAAAUAAUCCUUCCAUAUUACAACCCGUCCCAGCCGUAUUCAUCGGCCUAUUCCUGGCUUUCCUGUUUUGGUGUUUCGGUCCAUUGUGGUAGAGAAAGAAACCCUGGCCCUGGAUGCCCAUGUUGGCUGCCCUGGUUGCAGUAACAGCCAUUGUGCUGUAUGUGCCAGGUCUGGCCAGAGCUUCUCCAUGAGAGCGUUCCUUGAGUCCGUACACCGUCCUCCCUCUAGAAGCUGGCAUCAUACUCAUGCUGGGGACAAACAGAACCAUUUUCUUCCUUUUUACCUCUUUUAAAACAGCAGAAGUACAAGAAUACAGCUGUAGGGUCAUUGCUUUAAAUUAUAUAAAAUGUAUCUGUCUAUAAAGAAGAUAUAAAAUUGUGACUUUACUGUAAGCAAUAAUUUGCUUGCAAUUUUUCAUGUAAUUUUUAAAUUAGUAUGUUGAGAUUCUGAAUAUUAUGGUGGCCUAAAGUAGGCUUCUUGGUACACCAGAUUAUUUAUAGCAUUAAAUUUAUGAGUAUUUUACUCUGAAGUCUGAUGACCAGAUAAUUCAUUUUUCUGAUUUGAUAAUUACCCAAACCAAACAACCAGUACAUACAUGGGAAGAGAGGCCCUGUGUGCUCAGUGCCUAUCAGUUUGAAAUAUAUACACAUAUAUAUAUAUUUUUUACAUAUUUACGCCAUUUUUACUUGUUAUAAAACCACUGAGCUAUUGGGAACAAGACUUAGAGAAAACUAAUUGCGUGGAUUUUUUUUUUUUUAAAGGAAAAAUACAUUUGGAAAAUAAACUGUUAUGGUGAUAAUUUGGGGAAUAUGUGCACGCUUGUUCAGCCUUAAUGAGACUUGAAGAUGUGGAGGACAUCAACUUUGAAAAACUUUCCAUGAGAGUGUGUAUUUUCUUGAGCAAACUGAAGUAUUUCUGGGAGCAAAAACAUAGUAAUUACACAAUUUCAGUGCAGUCAACCAAACUGUUGAGUCAAUUGGAAUGUAAUUUAUUAAACCUCAUGUAUUUAAAGAGAUAUUUUUCUUUAAAAGCCAAGUUACUUUCUCAUAUACAGCAUUUUAGGAAGCAUGAUUUUUUUUCUAUCAUCUAUUCCUCCAAGCAUGUUUAAUUGAAGAAAGUAUUAAUAUCUCUUUCGAUAAGCUUGUAUUGACCUAAUUUGGUUUAUGAUGUGUCAGAGCUAAUUCAUGUUCAGGGUGAGCUGUUGUACCUACCAACAGAUUUCCUGGUUGGGUAUGCAAAUGGUUAUUUUCUUUUUAUUGUUGUUAAUUGGGACUUUCUAUUAAUGAAAAGCACUAUUCCCAAGAUUAAUAGUGUUCUAUGCACAAUGAAGCACCUAAAAACACUGCUUGAUGUUAUAAAUUUAAAACACAGAAGUGAAAGUUUAGCCAUGGUUUUGUGUGACAUCAUAGUUAUGUCAGUAAAGUUUAUUUAGGUCAUAGAAUAUCCUAAAGUAUCACAUAGUUAAAUUUUUCAGUCAAUGAAGACUGGGAGGGAAUGUCAGUGAAUUGGCUUGAAUGUUCUGUGGCAAUCCGCAAGUCUAGCCAAAUAUUGAAAUAGGAGUUUAGGGUAUAAUUUGCCUUGUGAUGUUUGGCAGUCACUGUUUAUACUUUAAAGGUUAUAUUUUAAGCUAUUUGGGAUUACUGUUGGGAGGAUCACUAGAUUUAUGGAGGAAUUAGUCACAAAUGACUUGUAGAGAAUACUGUCAUAUAGUUCAUUUCAUCAUUUUCUGUUGCAGGAAGCCACUCCACCACAGAAUGCUAAUAUGCCAGUGGUACCCAGUACCUCUUGUAUAUAGGUUAUUGCAAAUAUUGUUCUGAAAUGCUUAACUUCAGAAUUACAUUUUUUAAAGUAAAUAAUUGUUUUAAAUCUAUUUUGUAAAGAUAUAAAGUACAAUAGAAUUUCUGGAGUACAGAUUAAACUAUUUGCACUAACACACGUGAUGUGCAUGAUUUAAUAAAAUAACUUUACUCUCCCUA